CCUCACGGCUCCACGCCCGGUGUCAACAAGCGGCAUGGCGGAACCGACCGUCCGGGUGUCCGGGAUCGUGUUGGCUUCUCUGAUGUUCCAGCAUGUGAACAGCGAUUCGGACGUGGAGGGUCUGGUCCUCGGAGAGAGCAGGUUUGAAGAGCAGGUCACCAUCAGCGACUCUCAGGCGGAUAACAUCCACAUCGAGGAGACAUACAACGUCCAGAAGCACAUCGCCUGCCACAGACUGAACACGCUGUACGGCAGCGCUGGACACGUGAACAUGGAGGCUGUGCGCAACAUGCUGGCGGAGAACAAGCAGGAGAGCGUGAUCGGCUGGUACCGGCAGCGGCGGAACACGGAGCAGCAGAUGACCCUCCGAGAGAAGCUGGUCCACGAGAACCUGAAGAACGUUCUGUCCAACCCACACAUGAUCUUCCUGCUGCUGACGCCCAGCAAGGUGACGGCGCCAGGCUCCACCCACAGGAUGGAAUACUCCGCCUUCAUCUCCCGCAGCAGGCGCUUCGUCAACGUUCCGGUCCUCAUCACCAACCUGGGUCUGCUGGAGCAGCUCGCCUACUGGAAGGUGUCGGCGGGGUGUUCGGCCGCCGGUUACAGCCUCACCAUGAAGAAACACGGGUCCAGGUUCUUCUCGUCUGACGGGCUGCUGAAGGAGGUGAAGGAGGUGAACAGCAUGAACGAGACGCUGCAGGUGGAGCUGCAGAAGUCCUGCCGAGCCGUGGAGGAGAGCGAGCGUCUGGUUGAAGCUCUGCAGGCGGAAGUUUCUGCUCUGAGGAGGCGACUGAAGGAGAAGCAGCAGGUGGAGGCAGCUGAAGAACCAGAACCGGCCCGUACGUCCAACCCGAGGAACGUCCUGCUGCAGGAGUCGGUCCGCUCUCGGUUCCGCUGUCCUCUGUUCUGCUCCCAGACGCUGGACCUUCAGGGAUUCCCUCUUCCUGAUGCUGAUGUUUCCACGGCGACGCAGGUCAACUCGGCGCCCAGCGACAGGAACAGGAAGCGGCUGAGGGAGGAGCUGCAGGGGGGGGACAGGAAGCGCAGGAGGAGCUGAUCGGCUGAUCAGAUCAUUGAUCACCGGGGACAGAACUUAUUUUAUACUCUGGGAAACUGAAGACGUUUGUUUCUGACUGUCGUCACCUUCAUGAGUCCACUGACGUGUGUUCCAGAGUCCAGAACCUGCUCAGUGAUCCCAGAGGAUGGUUCUGAUGCCCGUUUCCAGCUGUGGAGCUCCAGAUGUUCUCCGGCUGUAACAGAACAUCAGGUAGGCCCAAACACCUGGAGGCUGGUUUCGUCGGAGGUGUUUUAGAUUCACGGACGUUCCCUUUAUUUUUCUACUCUGUUGAGACUUUUAGGACGAUUUAAUAAAAACAACGUUUAGUCAUGUU